UCUUGUUUUGUUUACAUCUUUACAUUUGUCGUAAACGUCGUAAAAUAGUAUUUCAAGUUUAGUUUUUUUCAAUUAUUUAAUUGUUUCUUUAAAAGCUCUAAUAAAUACAAUACUUUUUUUAUUAUAAGCAAGAUUUCUUUUCUUCAAAUAUCUCAAAAGUAUAGAAAAAUAGGAAAUAAUUAAAAAAUUGCAUAAGUUGUCGAAAAACAUAUUGAAAAAGAGAGAAAAAUGAAUUUAUCAGAUGAGGAUGAUUUAUUUGCCAGUGACGAUGAAUUUAUGCCAAAAAUUGUUAAAGAAAAUCCUAUUCAGGAUAAAUUUUUUACUGAAUUGCAUAAUGUCGAGGAACGAAUUGAUCAAGCGACAACUAAUAUUCAGCAGUUUGAAUCAUCAAUAAAAACAAUUUCCAAGCAAUUUGCAUAUCGUGUUAAGUUUGGAGAAGAGCUUGAAAACAAUUUUCAAGGAGAGUGGGUUACAUAUUCAUGCGAACCGAUAAUAGAAUCUCAAAAUGAAAUUGUGAAAUGUUAUCAGCCUUUAACAAUUCGUUAUUUUCAUCAAUAUAUAGUCGAUGAUAAAUGGAUAGUAUUAGUUGCUCUUCGUAAUGCGACUAAUUGGUGCUUGAAAGAUUUGAGAUUUUAUGUGGCCUUAAAGGAUGAUAAGGAACUUCAUGGGACGUCGACAUUUUGGAGUCUUGCACAUGACUCGAUUUGGAAUACGACAAAUUUGAUAGAACCAAAUUCAAAUUUAGUGGUGGCGACUGCAACAUUUGAUGUGCCAUCUUUCGUUGGUGGCACGGCUGUUGAAGCGUCGGGUAUUAUUUUGUACGAGGCUGCUAAGAAACAUUAUCAAACAAUUGUUCCGAACUUUAGUCUAUCGGUGAAUAAUUCAAUUGAUGAUAAAUUGAGUCCUCAAUUUGAAAAUCAACCUGAGAACAGUAUUCUCGCAUUGAAAGCGGUUUCAAUAGAUAAAACAGUGUCAUUCAAUAUUCAGUUUCCCGAUGCUUGCGAGAGGUUCAUCAAUUUUUUACGAAGACACACAUUCACUGAAAUAUUUGAGGACAUACAAAUAAUUAAAACUGGUUCUCUCAAGUAUUGUAUUUUGGAAAUGCUCUCCAUCACACCGGAUGAAAUUACAGUUAGAAUAGUUGUCAGGCACUUGUUUCAAUUAAGUAUUGUUUUGAGUCUUCUGCGGGCAGAAUUUCCGGAUGUUCCGAAUUUCGAAACAAAGGAAAAUUUAAAGGAUGCAGCAGAGGUUCUUCUUGAGGAAAUGCGUCUCUAUUUGGCUAAUGCAUCUCAGGCUCAAAUACAAAGAGCAAAAAUCAAUUCUGAUUGCUGUAUUCCGUAAUUUUUUCCUUGAGAUUUACACUAAUUUAUUUUUCUAUUUAUAAUACAGAUUCCUCAGAAGUUUUUUUGCAAUACUAUUUUUCUUUACAAAUUGAUUCUUUAUUGUUUUUUUGUUCGAUUCUUUAGAUAUUCUUAUCAAAAACAAAGAGAUGAAUUUCUUUCGUUUAUAAAAAUGUGAUUUUUUUGUCAGGAAUAUUUGUACCUGUAAAUAAAAAAAAACGGUUGAAAAUGCUU